AUGCCCAUCAUGAAGAACAAGGAAGGCUGGGACGGCAAACUACGCGUCGACGCCAAGGCUGUCAUCACAAACCCCGAGGCUCUGGAGGACUCGGACUAUUCGGACCCGGACGCACCGCCCGUGGAGGAGAUUGACGCGGACGAGGACUUGCUCGCGCAUGAGGAUGUUAAUGUUGAGGAUAUUGAUCUGGUCCAUUUCCGCAUAUCGUCGAUCACCGCGUUACGCUUGGAACGGUUCACAAAACUUCAGCGACUAUGCCUGCGCCAGAACCAAAUAACACGCAUCAACUUUCCGCCCAACAUCGCCGAGACUUUGACCGAGCUCGAUCUCUACGAUAACCUCAUUUCACAUAUCAAGGGCCUGGAUGAGUUCCGCGACCUCAUCAACCUCGACCUCAGCUUCAAUAAGAUCAAGCAUAUUAAGAAUGUGGAUCAUCUCAAGAAGUUGACGGAUCUCUUUUUCGUCCAGAACAAGAUCUCCCGGAUCGAAGGGCUGGAGGGUUUAGAUCAGCUACGGAAUUUGGAACUGGGUGCUAAUCGGAUUCGGGAAAUCGAAAACCUGGAAACACUCACCUCCCUGGAAGAACUUUGGCUCGGAAAGAACAAGAUUACGGAGAUGAAGAACCUGGACGCCCUGUCAAACCUUCGCAUUAUCUCCAUUCAAUCCAACCGCCUCACCAAUAUUACCGGCCUCUCCUCACUCCCCAAACUGGAAGAACUCUACCUCUCUCACAACGCCGUCACCGACCUCUCUGGCCUCGAGUCCAACACUACCCUGCGCAUACUGGACUUCUCCAACAACCAGGUCUCGCACUUGGAACACCUCGGCACACUCAAGAACCUCGAAGAGCUGUGGGCAUCUAAUAACCAGCUGACCAGCUUCGCCGAGGUUGAGCGCGAGCUGAAGGAUAAAGAGAAGCUGGAGACGGUGUAUUUCGAGGGGAAUCCGCUGCAAACCAAUGGGCCGGCUGUGUACCGGAAUAAGGUGCGGUUGGCAUUGCCGCACAUUAAGCAAAUCGAUGCUAGUAUGUUUACGCAA